AAUUUAGGUACAUGAGUAUAAAAUUUGUCGUAACACCUGGAAAUACAACACCUGGACAUAUAUAGGUAGUUCGUCUCAUAAUCUUAUCAGAGGCUAUCUUCAUCGCAGCAUACACCUGAUAAUAGAAUUUUGAUUUAUCUAAAGUUCUUUCAUUCAUGGAAACAUCAAUUUAUGUUUUCUGAACAAAGUCGAAUUCAUAUGGGUUUUAUAUUAAUUUCGGAAGUGCCGUUUUCAAAAUGAAAUUCAAUUCUCUGAUCUUCUUUUUGUUUUAAAUUCAGUGUUCAACAAUAAUUAUUUUCUCCGGUGUGAUUUGGAAUUUUGAACUGUGAUAACAAUGAAGAACGAUUUUGCUUCAACAAUGCCAAGAGUCUCUAUAUUCAGAAAAUAUAAUUAGAAAGACCUGAAAUAUCCGUCGCUCCUCUCAUAGAAAAAAGUGCGAACCAAGAUGCAAAUUGUGUUUUAACUUUUACGAUGUGUUAAUUCAAGGACGGCACGACAAGGUUCCAGUACGAUUCAACCCAAUCAUCAAAAUCUACAAUAUUAGGUGUCUUAUCAAUCAUCCAAAAUAAUUCAACGUCAGAAAGGUUGGUCAUCUGAGAAGGAUGGAUCUGAAGACUUGAUCAGAAGAAUUGACCAAGAUGAGAUAACUUUUUUAAAUCGAUUCAAGCAAAAGAUAACUUUUUUGGAUUGUCAAAUUCCUUCUAAAAUGAAUGCAAAAGAGGCAGAAAGUUAUCUCGGUGCUUUAUAUUCGAUUACUGCGAUUUUAUCAACAAUUUCCAUCGUUUCUUUGGUGGUUGCCUGGCAAUAUUGGUCCUGGACUUUGGGUGUUUGUAUGAACGUGGAUUGUGGAUGCAUUUUAUAUGGAGUGAAUACGUUUAGUACAUUCCUAGGCGGGGACGUAAAAAUCUGCCAUUUUGGAACUUAUGGUCUCACCCCUGUUUUAUUUAUUGGGCUGUGUCUUGGUAUUUAUCAUGGAUAUAGAAGUUGCAUUCCAAAGGGUCUUGAUGAACCGAGAGUGGUUAGUCGAAAUCGGAGACCGGAUAACAGAGAUUUUAUCAAUGAAGCUGUCAUAGUUGUGAGAUCCAAGCAAAGACCGCCUUGUAAACAAUGGAUGCUUGCAUCUUUUUUGGCUGCAAUUUUAGGAUUGUUAUCUUUAGCCCAUGCAGUUGUCCUUACAGACGGAUAUUACAAAACCUGCGAACAAUAUAGAAGAAAUCUGGUUAAAAUUCUUGGUUCGAGAGGUCGAGAAAUUCAGGUGAUUCACAAUCGUCUUCCCUGCGGUUCAAUUUUUGAUUUUAUGGACUAUCUCACACCAGAUGCAAAUAAUUGGAGACGAGGAGACGAAAUAAAUACAGGCGUUUCUCUUCAACUUGCAAUCACUUCCACCUGGUUAAAUUUCUUCGCCUGGAUUCUGAUUUUCACUAUAAAUUUUAUCAUGGCAAAACGAAGAAAUAGCACUUUAGGAGAAAAAUUGUGCUGCUGCUUUUAAGAUGCAUUACAUUAGUUAUAUAAUUUCCAAAAAUGCCGUAUUUAGUAUUUGUUAAUUAUUCAUUAUUCAUUAAUCAUUAUUACAGGGAUCACAGCGGUUCAGUGGUUAAAUCUAAGGUGAAAAAGGGGUAUUUUUUCCGAAAAAAGGGGAUGCAAAUGCCUUCUAACAGUUCUUUUUGUAAUAAAUUUUCAACCAAAAUCGGAAUACUUAAAUUUUUAGUCGAAAAAGUUAACUUUCAACAAAAUAAAAGACUG